UCCCUAUAGGAACUGAAGUAUGGCUAGGGACCGUUGCUUCAUGGUAGAACACGUGUUUUGCACAGAAGAGGUCCCAGGUUCGAGAUUCAGCGUUUCCAGCUAAACAAAGUACUCUCAAAAAGUGGAGAAAUCACUGUCUCUGAACCCUGGAGAGUUACUGGCAGAGUUAGUAGCACUGGGCUCAAUGGACGGAUGGUCUGAUUCACUCUAAGGCAGCUUCGUAGACUCACAGUCAACAAUUCUUCAAAGUAGAGACGUUUGUGGUUCAGCAUGGAUCGAAGAAGAUAGUAGGGGGAAGGCCACAGAUCCUUGGACACGAUGGCUUUCUUGGACAACCCGACCAUUAUCCUGGCUCACAUCCGGCAGUCGCACGUGACCAGCGAUGACACUGGGAUGUGCGAAAUGGUCCUGAUUGACCACGACGUUGACCUGGAGAAAUUCCACCCCGCUUCGUCCAAUGGGGAGAGCAGCUCAGAUACGCAGGCCAACAAUGGAGAGUCUCAGGGUUACGUUUACUCUCAGUCGGUUGAUAUUACCUCGAGUUGGGACUUUGGCAUUAGAAGGCGAUCCAACACAGCUCAGAGACUCGAACGGCUACGGAAAGAGAGGCAAAAUCAGAUAAAAUGCAAGAAUGUGCAAUGGAAAGAGAGAAAUACGUCCUGUUCAGUGGAGGACCUGAGCACCCUCUUUGAGAAGAAGAACUUCAGAUUAAGGCCCGCAAAUGCCUCGAAGCCAUCGAUCCUCUCAGUCCGACUGGAGCAGUGUCCUCUCCAGCUGAACAACCCCUUCAACGAAUAUUCAAAAUUCGAUGGCAAGGGCCACAUAGGGACGACGGCCACCAAAAUCAUCGAUGUCUACCUCCCGCUCCAUGCGAACCAGGACAAGCUGCAGCCCAUGACGGUGGUGACCAUCGCGAACGCCAAGGUGCACGACCUGAUCGGCCUCAUCUGCUGGCAGUACACAAGCGAAGGCCGUGAACCCAAGCUCAACGACAACGUCAGUGCAUACUGUCUUCACAUCGCUGAGGACGAUGGCGAGGUCGACACAGAUUUCCCGCCUUUGGAUUGUAACGAACCGAUUCACAAGUUUGGCUUCAGCACGCUGGCCCUGGUGGAGAAGUACUCGUCCCCUGGCUUGGCAGCCAAGCAGUCGCUCUUUGUCCGAAUAAAUGCUGCGCAUGGUUUCUCACUUAUCCAGGUGGACAGCAUGAAGGUCACCAUGAAGGACGUCUUGCAGAAGGCCUUGAAGCGGAGAAAAGGAUCCCAGCGCAGCUCAGGCCCUCAGUACCGGCUGGAGAAGCAGAGCGAGCCCAACGUCCCCGUUGACUUAGACUGUACCUUGGAGAGCCAAAGCACUUUGGAGUUCUGCCUCGUCCGAGAGAAUAGUGCAGGUUCAAGGGGAGAGGAGGUGGCCGAGGAGGACCCCCAGAUCGACAUCGCCACCGUUCAGGACAUGCUGAGCAGCCACCAUUACAAGUCCUUCAAAGUCAGCAUGAUCCACCGGCUACGCUUCACCACCGACGUCCAGUUAGGUAUUUCAGGGGACAAGGUGGAGGUGGACCCCGUUACAAACCAGAAAGCCAGCACCAAGUUCUGGAUCAAGCAGAAGCCAAUCUCCAUCGAUGCCGAACUCCUUUGCACUUGCGACCUGGCAGAAGAGAAGAGCCCGAGUCAUGCAAUAUUUAAACUCACAUAUCUAAGCAACCAUGACUACAAGCAUCUCUACUUCGAGUCGGAUGCCGCUACCGUCAAUGAGAUUGUGCUGAAGGUGAACUAUAUUCUUGAAUCCCGUGCCAGUACGGCCCGAGCGGAUUACUUGGCUCAGAAGCAACGGAAACUGAGCCGAAGGACCAGCUUUAGCUUCCAGAAGGAGAAGAAAACAGGGCAGCAGUGAGGUCUUAGGAUAGCCUGGAAGCCAAUGGAAGAGAUGCUGCCUGCUUAGAACCAAGUGGCAGGUGCCCCCCGGUUGCCUGGGACAGGAGGGGACUCAUGAGCUCCGGCUGCCGAAACAGCCAGGGGCCAACCAGGGCAGAAAUCGUUCUUUUAUAGGUCGGCAUGAUGAGGCCGCAUUUGGCCGCGGGCAUCGCCCUUUGAUGGAAACCAAGAGCCAUAUCAACCCCGAAGAGGGCCGCUGGGCAUUUGAGGCCUCGUGGCCAGGAAGAGGCCCCCUUAGGCUUGACACCUUGUUUUGUUUUUGUUUUUCUAGAACUCUCUUUCAGACAUUUACCGUUGCGAGGAAAGCCGCCGCAGGCUGGCCAAGCGAUCCGCCAACAGAGGCUCCAACUGACUCAGGCCUCCCACUUGUAACACACUCAACACACACACAAACAAGACACACCCACAAACGUAUCGCUUGUGACUUGGAUCCGAUUUCUUAAAACAAAAAAUAAAACUUCUAGGACAAAUGUACCCAUUUUUUGCUAUUAAUAAACCAGUUGUACUCUUUCGCAAGGCCUAA